CACCGGGAUUGGCUGCUUUAAGUUCAGAGUACGCAUGCUCUGACUUUCUCUCUCUUUCGAUUCUUCCAUACUCAGAGUACGCACGGUCUGAUUUUCUCUUUCGAUUCUUCCAAAAUCAGAGUCAGACUGCUCCCGGUGCCAUGAAUGGAGAGGACACCUUUGCAAGGAGACCCACGGUUGGUGCUCAAAUACCAGAGAAGAUACACAAGGCCUCCGAUGAUAUUGCCAAAUACUUCUCUAAGAAAGAGUGGGAAAAGAUGAAAGCCACGGAGAAAAUCACCUAUGUGUAUAUGAAGAGAAAGUAUGAGGUCAUGACUAAACUAGGUUUGAAGCCCACCUUCCCACCUUUCAUGCGUAAUACAGGGUCCACAGACCUCCAGGGGAAUGCUUCUGAUAAUGACGGUAACCGUGGGAAUGAGGUUGAACGUCUUCAGAUGACUUUCGGCAGGCUCCAGAGAAUCUUCCCGAAGAUCACCCCCGAGAAGCCAGCAGAGGAAGGAAGUGGUUGGAAGGGAGUGUCAGAAGCAUCUGCCCCACAGAACCAUGGGAAACAGCUGUGCCCCCCGGGAAAUCCAAGUACCUCUGAGAAGAUUCACGAGACAUCUGGACCCAAAAGGGGGGAACAUGCCUGGACCCACAGACUGCGUGAGAGAAAGCAGGUGGUGAUUUAUGAAGAGAUCAGCGACCCUGAAGAAGAUGACGAGUAACUCUGUAAGGAUAUGACACAUGCCCUUGAUGAGAAGCAGAACGUGGUGACCUUUUACGAACAUGGGCAUGGCUGCGGACCCCUCGUCAUCAGGUGUAUAGCAAGUGAAAGCAAGUGUUCACAACAGUGAAAAGUUGAGCGUCAUUUUUCUUAGUGUGCCAAGAGUUCGGUGUUAGUGUUUGCGUUGUAUUUUCUUACAGUGUGCCAUUCUGUUAGAUAUUAGCGUUUUCAUUGAUGAGCAAGACAUGCUUAAUGUGUAUUUCGGUUUGUGUAUCCAUGCACCUACCUCAGAAAACAAGUAUAGUCAGGUAUUCUCUCCAUGGAACAGCACUACCCUCCUCUCU